CAAACAUGGCCCCCUCCUUCUGGGUGUGAGGAGCGACAGCUGCUGACAAAGGAGACAGAGCUGUCCACACGGGACUGGCGGCGCCUCUGGGUCCAGAUCACCGAUGUGACUCCCACAGCGACGGGAAAACUACCUGCCAAACCAUGAAGUGUGCCAGAAGGACAAACUGACAGAAGAAGGCCUUCACUGCAGCGGACCGUCUGUUCAGAUCCAGUCCUCCUCCUCCUCCUCCCCCCCGUUAACCCCCGCCCCGCCGCCAUGCACAUCAACCCGGUGCUGGUGGAGUCCGCCGUGGUGCUGGCCGUGGUGCUCUGCGUCCACAUGGUGGUCUGGAACCAGCACUCCUGGUGCAGCAUCGCCCUCAUCAUCCAGGCCUUCUACGUGCAGCACAAGUGGGACCGUCUGCUGCGGUCGGGCGGCGCCGUGUUCCAGUUCCGCCCGGCGGCGAACAGCGGCAUCGUCCCGGCCUCCAUGGUGAUGCCGCUGCUGGGCCUGGCGCUGAGGGAGAAGUGCUCCGCCUCGGGGAACGUCUACUUCGAGCGCUUCUCCAUGGUGGUGACCAUCACCGGCAUGAUGCUGGCGCUGUUCCUGUCGCUCAUCGCGCUGGGCAUCACCAGGCCGGUGCCCACCAACACCUGCGUCAUCGCGGGAAUGGCGGGCAGCGCCAUCCUCUACACCACCAAGCAGACGCUGACGGUGUCGGAGGUCAUCGAGGUGCUGGAGGUGCUGCUGAUCUUCGUGUACCUCAGCCUGAUCGUGCUCUACCUGCUGCCCCGCUGCUUCACGCCCGGCGAGGCGCUGCUCAUCGUGGGCGGGAUCAGCUUCAUCGUGAACCAGCUCAUCAAGCGCUCCCUCAACCUGGCGGAGGUGAAGGGCGACCCGGUGAACUACUUCCUGCCCGUGGUGGUGGUGGGCUCGCUGCUGCUGGGGGUCUUCUUCGCGCUGCUCUUCUGCUUCAUGGAGUCGGAGACGUGGGUGUCCUCGCUCUUCUUCCACAUGAUGACGGCCGUCCUGGCGCUGGGGAUCCUCAUGCCGUGGCUCUCGCUGUUCAUCGGCCGCCACCCGCUCAUGUGGCUGCUGGACUUCGUCACGCUCAGCGACACCCGGCUGUGCCUGCUGGCCUACUGGGUGCUCCUGGCCGUCGUGGCCACGUGCGUGGUGCUCCACCAGAACUACCAGCGCCAGGCGGGCUCCAAGAAGCACCAGGCCUCCACCGUCGUCCGCAAGUACUUCCACCUGAUCGUCGUGGCCACGUACGUCCCGGGGCUGAUCUACGACAAGCAGCUGCUCCACGUGGCGUCGGUGGGCUGCCUGGCCGUCUUCCUGUUCCUGGAGUACGUGCGCUACUUCAGGAUCCGGCCGCUGGGCCAGCUGCUCCGGCAGCUGCUGACGCUGUUCCUGGACGAGCGAGACUCGGGGCCGCUCAUCCUCACCCACGUCUACCUGCUGCUGGGCAUGUCGCUGCCCAUCUGGCUGUUUCCCGGGCCCUGCGCCCCCAGGGGCGUCCUCUCCGGCGCCGGCGGCCUGGUGCCAUACGCCGGCGUGCUCGCCGUGGGCGUGGGGGACACCGUGGCCUCCGUGUUCGGCAGCACCAUGGGGGAGAUCCGCUGGCCCGGCACCAAGAAGACGAUGGAGGGGACGGCCACGUCGGUGUUCGCUCAGAUCAUCGCCGUGGCCGUGUUCCUCAUCUUCGACGGGAGCAUCAAUCUGAACUCCACCUACUCGUGGAUCGUGGGCUCCAUCACCCUGGUGGCCCUGCUGGAGGCCUACACCUCCCAGAUAGACAACCUCCUGCUCCCGCUCUACCUCUUCAUCCUGCUGUUGCUUUGAAAACCGUCCUGCGGUCGGCCUCGUCUGAGAGGGAGAAGAGCAAAGAAUGCAGCUGGAAAACAAUACGACAGCAGAGUUAUCAGAGGAAUCGACUCAUCAGCACGAGAUGGUACGACUCCAGAGCUGAAACUUCCAUAGUCAGAAAUAAAUAAAUGGGUCAGUAAAUGCACCAACAAGAUUCUUUUAGAGCGUGUGUUCAGUUGAUGAAAAGUGACUUCAGUUCUAUGCAGUCUGAGCAUGCGUUGGGUUUUAGAUCAACAGCCUCUGGAUUUCCCCGACGGAGUGAAUGUGAGUCUGUGUGACCGGUAGUGGACCGGUAGUCUCCCUCCACCCGCCGUCAGUCCCGACUCCAGCGCCCUGCGACGCCGAGGUGGACACAGCGGUGGAGGAGAUGGAUGGACUCGUUUCCUGCUUUCCUCCCACGGUCCAGCUAACAUGCGUUCGAGGUUAUCCUGUGAUUCUGAACUGGCUUGUAGGUGUGAAUGUGAGUGUGUGUGUGUGUGUGUGUGUGUGGGUCGGGCCAGAAGCUGGCUCCAUGUAUGGAUCGCUGAUUUACAGAGGUAAACCCUUUAGAGCAAGAAAAUGCACUGAAAUAUAUGUGAGUAGAGAAGAACACAAAUGCAAACAUUUCACUCAACUGAUUUUGCUUUUGGUGGAUUUAAUGAGUCGGUAUCGAAGCCGUUGGUUUACUUUUGAUUAUGGUGGUUUGACAGGUUCUUCAUGCAGGGUGACUGAAAUCUGCUCCUGACUUGGCAGCAGCCUCGGCGUUAAAGUCCGUUUUCUCCAGAGCCGUUUCAGGAUUGUGGAAGAAAUUUGAGGAAGAGUUGCUAAAUAUUCCCGGCGGCUGCAGCGGUGUUGGCUUUCCGCCACGACUUGACCCUGAAAUACUGGACCGCCGACGCCGACCGCUCCUGAAUUAUGCAACGGGAGACUCAGUUUAGCAAAGUGGAAAACAAACGUCUGUUUAAAUUCUUAUGAUUUUUGAUCUCCUGUCCUUUAUUUCCCCCCAGACGGAUCCGACUUGCCUUUGCAUUGCCUUUGAAGAACAUUAUUUAAACCUAACUUAUUGACCUGUACAUAUCUCUGGAUCUCCGUUCUUAGGCUUUGAUUUUUGCCCCCCCCCCCCCCCCCCCCCCCCCCCCCCCGCCCCCGAUGGCAAUACAAAGGACUUCUUGCUGAAAAUGUUUGCCUUAAGGAGUGUAUUUUCUAUCGCACACUGUUGCAGAAGCCGUGGAGGAUGAAGAGCGCGGCAGCCCGUCUCAGCCCGGCUGAAACUCGCUCUGCUCCUGCAUGACACUGAAAUCCAGUACUGUAACAUGUCUGCGGGUAUUCUGCAGGCUAUUUUUCUUGGAUGAAUCGAUUUUGUUCAGGACUUCCAUGGUUUGAAGGGACCCCAUAAAGGAUUAAUGAAAUGGAUCCAUUUCUUAGAGCCUCUGAUCCGAACCAGGUUUUUACACUCUCGAUGCUCUUUGAGUCGUUUCGAAACACAAAGGCUCUUUUUAUUUGUGUGCAAAAUCUUCAGUAACCUAAAAUUAUUUAUAUGCUUUCUACAAAAAGCCUCAGAUCAUAAGAAUGCUUUAGGUUUUUAUCUUAUUGUUCUCUCUGUUUGUAAAAUCGUUUUUGGUGAUUUUUUUUUUUUUAUGUUGUGGUUUUGUUUCUUCCGCGCAUGACUCUGAAAGUAUGUUAUUUUCCCAUCUUCCUUUGAUUUAAAGAAAGAAAAUGUGACACUGCAUGUUGAGUGCACCGGUGAAGAGAAAGUUAGAUGUAACUGAUAUUUUCAGAUUUAGCGAUCGGGUGAAAACACGCCAAACACAGAAGUUCGGUUCCAAAGAAGUGUGGAUGCUGUUGAAUGUAAAUUCAGAUGAAAUGCAACGGUCAGCAAAACGCAAGAGUCCGACAUGCUGAAGUAAAAAGGUUAGAGAAGCAGAUACAUCGAAGUUCCAAGGUUCCAAUCCCAUAAAUGAAUUUCCCCAGUUGGAUUAAUAAAGUGUGAUCAGUUAACUUGCACACGUAUAAGCUUCGCAGUUGUUCUGUAUAUUAAAUUGGAAGAUAACAUCGCGUUCUGUUUCUAUUUAACGAAGCGUCCUCACUGAAUGAGCCCAGACUGUUUCUGUGCCGCCGUGUUUUCACUCCCGGUUCCCCGAGCGUCGAACCCACAAACCAACCCCGUCGUUUCUCCACUCGAUUUUGUCUUAAUAUGAACAGAAAUGCUCACUGUUGACUGUAAAAAUAGAAAACGUCUCAUCUGAACUCAAAUUAGAAAAACAAAACACCGUGGAAACCCCAGUAGAGCUGAUCGGUGUCACUGUUGAUGGAGACUUGCUGAAUAACGGUGGAUCUAA